CAUCAAUCACCUCCUCACCUCACCUCAAUUGCACCUCCACCUCCACCUCCGCUGCUACUGUACCACCAUGCCCCACCCCCACGCUCCGAAGAAAGUAGCCAUCAUCGGAGCCGGCCCCUCCGGCCUCGUCACUGCCAAAACCCUCCUCCACAAUGCCCCCGGAGGAUUCUUCCUUCCCACGAUCUUCGAGAAAACCACCCGCAUCGGCGGGCUGUGGGCCUGCCCUGCGACAGAUGGAGCAGACACCGCUCAGACCCAGACCCAGACUCGCCGAAAAACCAGAGGCUUCGUGAACCCCGCCAUGCGCACGAAUCUCAGUCGGUACACGGUCGCGUUCUCGGAUCUGGGGUGGGAGAGCGUCCUCGGGGAGGGUGGGGGGGAGGUGGUGCCGAUGUUUCCGGAGGCGAGGCAGGUGCGCAGGUACUUGGACACGUAUGCGGAGCGGUUUCUUUUGCGGGAGGGGGCGGGGGUGGUGAGGUUGGGGUGUGAGGUUGUACGGGUUGAGCGGGGGGAUGCUGGGGCUGGGUGGGUGGUGGAGUGGGUGCAGGGAGGGGAUGAUACCGGGACGCGGACGGAGCGGUUUGAUUACCUCGUUGUCGCGUCGGGGUACUUUGCUCGGCCGGUGGGGAUGGAUAUCCCUAUCUCUGGGUUCGAGGGGGGGAUGGUGCAUAGUUCUGCGGUGCAGGAGAUGGAGGAUGUGCAGGGGUUGCUGGAGCGGGUUCAGGUUGGGGGAUCUGGUGAUGCUGAUGCUGAUGCUGAUGCUGAUGCUGAUGCUGAUGCUGGUGCUGGAGGGAAAUUAGUGGUCGUGGGGGGCAGUAUGUCGGGCGUCGAGGCUGCGUCGGCGGUGGCCUUGCAUCUUUCUUCUUCUUCUUCUUCUUCUUCUUCUUCUUCUUCUUCUUCUUCUUCUUCUUCUUCGACUCCUGGCCAUGCGCCGCUCGAAGUCCAUCACAUCUGCUCGCGUCCGUUCUGGACGGUGCCGACCUACUUACCCCACACAUCUCCCGACCAAGAAGCCCCCGGGACGGCGGUGAAUUUCCUCCCCCUCGACCUCGUCUUCUACGACCGUGCCCGUCGUCCCCCCGGCCAGAUCGAGUACGCUGUCGGCCCGCUCGCGCCGGACCAGAUCUCCAGAUCGAAUGCCUGGCUCCGUCAGCUGCUGGGCAGCGAGUACGCACGGAUCGGGAGCUUUGGCGUCUGUCCGGAGGAUUUGGAGCUGCAACCCUCCUGGGUGGCCAUCGGCAACGACUACGCGGAAUACGUGCGCGCCGGGGCCGUCAAGGUCACCAUCGGCCGCGUCGCCCAUCUGAGCUCGUCGGACGAUCGCGCACGCGCACGUCUGGCAAUCAACCUCCCAACCGGAGAAUCUAGCAUCCUGGACAACGUCGCUGCCAUCAUCCUAGCCACGGGCUUCACGCCCCGCGACUCGCUCGCCUUCCUCCCGCCCUCCAUCCUCUCGACCCUCGAAUACGCCCCAGACGACGCAUUCAUCCCCCUCAUCCUCGACAAUAAGGGCACCUCACACUCCGAGAUCCCGGAUCUGGGGUUUGUGGGCUUCUACCGCGGUCCCUACUGGGGUGUCAUGGAGAUGCAAGCGCGGAGUCUGGCCGCGCGCUGGAGUAGAUCUCCGGCUGAGCGAUCGACACAAGACCGCUCCCCUACCCUCCCACAGGCAACCGAACCCGAAACCGAGAGGGAGAAACUGCGCCGCCUCCGCCACCAGACCAGGCACAGGAGCCAGUUCCCCAUGGGCGACUACGUCGGCCUCAUGGAGUCCUUCGCCAGGGAGCUGGGGAUUCCUCGCCUGCCUAUUCCAAGCCCAACCCCAGACUCAGACUCGGCUUCAGACCAGCAGCACCCGCUCCUUGACCCCGUCAUACCGGCUAGAUAUCCCUACCCCUCCGCUUCAGCUUCAUCGUCACCACCCGAUAACCCCACAAAGACCCUAACCUCCCUAACCACCACCCUCUCCCCAACCCCUAGCACAGCAUCCACUGGCGAAGCGCCAACAGCAACAGCAACAGCAACAGCCAUCUUCCGCGCCCUACACGGCGCAUGGCACUUCUCCCGCACAACAACAACAAGACCCCACAAGAACGAACCCUCUGCUUCGCUAGCAGAUCCGAAACCAUUAGAUACCAAAACAGAAUCACCAACCACCGGCUCCGCUCUCUUCAAACCACGCUACUCCACCCUGCCAGGCUACGAGCGCGAGUAUCUUUACACUGAGACCGAGACUGAAACUGAAACAAACCCCAAGCCUCAGGAUCAGUCCCCGAGUCCACCGCACCAGCCAGAAACCACAGGACCAUCACGCAGUAGCGAUAGCAAUACCACUCCAGAAGACGGGGUCAAGCGAUCCGUGUACCGGCUUCUCGGUGAUGGGGGCCGGGGGUCUGCGUUCAGGGACUGCAACCGCAAUCGGGGCGAAGGGAUUCAUGUUUGGGAUUGGGAUUGUGGUGCUGGUACUGAUGCUGGUACUGGUAGUGGGGAGGGUGUGGAGGGUGGUGGAGGUAGCGGCUGUGGCAGCAGCGGCUGUCAGGAGGCGGAGCGGUUCUCGCAUGGUAUACUAGUCUCGCGGGCGAGUUUGGGGGGUGGGGCGUUCGAUGGUGGAGAUGAGCAUGAGCCGAAGGACGCAGGUGGAAGCGGGAGUGGACGGAGGUGGUAUCGGAUUUGUGGCAUUGGAAAGAAUACUCAUGGGAGAGGCGGUGCUACGUGGGAAUAUAUAUUUUAUCUAGAGGGGGUGUCCAUCAUACGGUGGGAGUGCGUGAGCGCGAUAGAACUGGAGUCUGGUCGGAAGCUCACGAGGACGGUUUAUCUACGCUGAUGGGAG